AUGGACGACCUUCACAAAGAUAUUCCCGAGCAACAAGAGUCCGUUGUGCUUGGUGAAGAGCCACAACACAGCAAGAACAAGAAGAACAAGAAGAACAAGAAGAACGAGAAGAACGACAACAAACAGAACAAGAGAGGCAAGCCCAACAGGUGUGGAAAUUGCCAACAAACAGGCCACAACAAGACAACAUGCAAGAGCAAGCCUGUUGUUGAUUCAAAGUCCGCCAAGACCGCCUCUGCCAUUCCUCUGCCCACCCCACUGUCCAUUGACUCUGACGACUUAAUGAUCACUGGCGACGCUGGUCCCAACCCUGACGCGAAGGCUUCACGAACACCUUCAACAAUGCCUAGCCUAUCAUCCAAGUUCACUUCAUGUGGCUUGGACGAUCCCGAUUAUCGCCAACGUCUCGAAGCUGGUUGGCUCAAGUCAUCCCAUUUCUCCCAUAUCAUCAGUUUGAUUCUUUGCCAACAGUUCACGAAAGACGGUCUACAGAGUCAACCAAACCACCUAUGUCAUCACUCUGAGAAAGAGAGUUUAGAUACGACUUGCGUGCAUCCUCUGGCCAACUAA